UGUUUAUAUUCGUUUUGGAGAAACAGCUACUCUGACUUGGAAUUUGCAUGGGUCUCGAAACAAAGAUUUUUUUAUCAGAAACGAUUUUAUGAGAGAAAAUGUGAUUCACUUCACGAACUACAACAAAGUCAAUAUUACUAGAAAGAAAUCAAGAGUGGAAUUCACUGGAAACAUAACAUCCUCAGGAACUGGUCUCUUCAGCUUCGUGAUCAGUAGCGCUGACGACCAUGACUUUGGUCAGUACAGCUGCUACCUUGGUUCACCACAACGUCCAGGAACAAAGAUUCCCAACUGUGGGCAACAGCUAGUUGUGAUACGAGUUCAAGAACCUUAUAUCGAGGGCCCGGAAAAGGCAUCCUUUGGCGGUUCUGUUAAUCAGACAUGCAACACCUUUCUGAAAAGUUACCCCAGUUUGAACCUGCCCAUGUCCUUUGUCUGGAUGAGGAACGGAAUGAGUGUGGAGAAUGGAGGCAGGCAUCAGUUGGUGUCUGGUAGCAGUAGAUGUAGAGGCGGGCGAUGCAUGAACAGCACUCUGACUAUCGUUGGCGUGACAAGGAAGGACAGAGUAGACAUAUACUCUUGUCAGACAGUGGUCGGGGACAAUAUACUCACAGACCAGAGUGUGGAGUAUGUCCUUGGUGUGUCAUAUGUGCCUGAGUCUCCUCAUAACACGGAAGUGCACGAGGGAGACACUGUGUUGCUUUCCAUGAGGACACCCCAACAUCAGUCAAGAAUAUACCUUAAAGACCCUAAUGAUAGAAAUGUGUUUGAAAUGGACUCUGCCGAAGUCUACAUAUGGGAAACCUACUGGACCAGGAUCAAGAUCGUGAAAGUCCUCACAUCCUCGGAUGAAGUCGCUGUACAGUUCCAACUCUCUGACAUCGCAUCAACUGAUUCUGGCAGGUACCACUGUAGCCUGGAGGGUCAUGGAAGCUGUGACUGGGAACACGUGCUGGUUGUUUUUAAUGGCACUGUGACUACACCAGCUUCACAAUCUGACGAAAACUCCCCUAUAGGUAAAGUAUAUGAUUCGUAUAAUCGACUCUGCAGUCGUGAAUAA